CCGGGGAGGGGACACAUGGGAGCCGCAGGUGCUGCCCGGGGAGUGAAUCAGCAGCGCCCGGGGCAGGCGCGGGCUGAGCCGUGUGCAGGCUGCGAGGGGCGGAGGUUUUGCACUCGCUCUCACCGGCCACGGAUAAAUAAGAGGCGGCGGAGAGUUCCGCUAAAGCGGCUCUUCACGUUGCCCAGCGUCUCCCGACACCCAGCCCAGGCGGACAUGGACUCCCAAGACUGCCCUUGUGCCACUGGGGGCACCUGCACCUGUGGGGACAACUGCAAAUGUAAAAACUGCAAAUGCACAUCCUGCAAAAAAGGCUGCUGCUCCUGCUGCCCGGCAGGAUGUGCCAAGUGUGCACAGGGCUGCGUCUGCAAGGGGCCACCCUCCGCCAAGUGCAGCUGCUGCAAAUGAGGACCCCCAGCUGCACAUCUGGGGGUGCUGUGCAUCAGAGGGGAUGAAGAACAAUAACCUUAUUGUGUAUGUUGGGGUUUUUUUUAUACGUGUGUUCAGAUACCUUUAGUGUUUGUCACUGUGAUGUGUAAUAAGCUACCUAAAUAAAGUAAUAUGUAUAUAAAGGUCUAUAA